UGUUGAACUGUGUGUUUGUGUGUCAGCAGGUGGUGAUCAGGGCAGGUUUGUGAUCAACAACAGGACAGGUGAGAUCAGGUUAACCAGAGCGGUGAACGACCGACGCCUGGAGGCCAACUUCACGCUCACCAUCAUGGUGUGUCAGGAGGACGACCGGCUGAAGUACAGCGUGGCGUCGGUUCUGAUCAGAGUUCUCAGUGAGAACCUAUUCCCUCCGGUCUUCAACAGAACCACCUUAAAAGGUUUCAUCAUCCAGAGCUCCAGCCCCGCCUCCAUCGUCACCACCUAUGGGAACCAGGUGUUACAGAUCCAGGUGUCAGACCGCGACUUCUCUGAUGGCCAGAAUCCAAACAUCCACUACUCCGUUCAUCCUCCAUCUGAACUGUACCAAGUCACCCAGGGGGGGGUUCUGAUCGCCAGGACGGACAGACUGCACGCCUUCGACAGACACAUACUACAGGUUGUAGCCAGAGAUGAAGAAUCAGGAGAAGAAGCUUCAGCCUCGGUGGACAUUGAGGUCCUGCAGAGAGGACAAUCAGUCCCCCGUGGUGCGUUCACAGAGCAGCAGAUGUUUGGAGAUGUGGACAGCAGGCUGGCCGGAGGAAUCGCAGCGAUGAUCCUGCUCUUGUUUAUAUCGGCGGUUCUGUUUCUGCUGCUUCGAACCGCCAGGAGAAGACGACUGACGAGAAACCCUGACGAACACGCAGCCGGCGGGAAACAUCCCAGCAUGGUGAGCUCCAGUCGACCCGUGUUCUCUAUGGACGAGUCUUCAUACAGAACCAGAGCUUUCACUCAUCAAUAUGAGUCUUCUUCACAGUCAGAAGGUUUCCAUGGCAGACAGGGAGUCUACACCAGGAAACAAUCUCUGCUUCCUCUGCCAUCAUCAUCAUCAUCAUCAUCAUCACACAUUUUCAGCGGUCCUACAGGAAGAUUUCACUCUGAGCUGUAUCCUGUCAUAGAGAAACCAGAACCCCUCGGAUCAUGUGAUGUUAGAGACGCUCCACAGUCCACAGCAGUGAUCACAGACGACCCCAUGAAAACCCAGCAAUCACAGGAGGCGUUACAGGAAGACUUGAAAACCCACGAAUCAGAGAAGGCGUUACAGGAAGACUUGAAAACCCACGAAUCAGAUGAGGCGUUACAGGAAGACUUGAAAACCCACGAAUCAGAGGAGGCGUUACAGGACUCAGAGGACCCCUACAGGACGAUGGCCUCUGUGAUCUUUUUGUCUGAAGACGAGUACAGCUCAGAGGACGCUGACAUGUCUGUGCAGCAGCCAAUCACAUAGCAGUAACAAUUAAAUCUGACACCUCUCUGCAGCCAAUCACAGAGCAGUAACAAUUAAAUCUGACAACUCUCUGCAGCCAAUCACAGAGCAGUAACUAUUAAAUCUGACAACUCUCUGCAGCCAAUCACAGAGCAGUAACAAUUAAAUCGGACUAUAUGUAAACGUACUAUAAAUAUAUGCAGAUGUGUAAACAUGAUGUUAAAUGUUAUAUUAAAACUAUAUGGAUAUUGAUAUUCUAGCAGGUUUCUUCACGUUUCUUUAUCUUUUGCCACCUUAAGCUGCGUUCUCCAAGAUGUUAUUCAAGUUCAAAUUUUGUAACUCAGAAUAAAAUUUUGAUAGAAAAACA